GUGUGGGCCAAUGGCCCCUCAAUCGUGCAUGGCGUUAUACUUCAAUAGAAUACAAUCUUUAUUUAUUGCCACAGACUGAGAAUGGUGUGAUAUGUUUCUCUGAGUCGAGGCACUUCCAUCUUUAAUUAAAGAGACAGGCAGUGGUGGUUCGUGAGGAAAUUUCAUAUUAAUAUUUGCUGCCUGUCAAGUGCCAACCCAUACAAGAGUAUGGAGAGGAAAGUGAAAGGAACUCACUCACUACCAGCUAUGUUCUCUUCAUUGGGACAUCCGUGAAGGCACUCACUUCAUUUCCCUCUAUCAAAGCAUGUUUUCCCUUCAAUUAAAGACGAUAACUUUUGUUUUGUAUUUUUUCAUCUACAAAGGAGAACGAGCCACAGUUAGGCCUGCGAAUGCGAGUGUGACUACUGAUGCAACUCUCGUGGUUGGAUACUCUGAGUUUCCCUUGGCGACCUGCACAGCUUCCGGAUCCCAGCCCACCGCCCAGGUCUCAUGGCAUUUGGGCACUUUGAUUGAUUCUGUGAAGGUAUUGACCAACACUGUUAAACAUCUGGAUGGGACAUACACAGUCACUAGCAGUUUGAUUGGAGCCCCAACUGUAGAGAUGAAUCAGCACAAUGUCCAGUGUGUGGUGAGACAUUCUACAUUGAAAGAGGAUCUGGAAAUUAAUCACAAGAUUGUUGUUCACUAUCCACCUCAGUUGGUCUCUGUGUCACCACUUGAGAACUUCUCCAGUGUUCAUGGGUAUAAGUGUGAGGCAGAUGCCAAUCCUGCAGCCAACUUCAGCUGGCACAGGAUGCACCAGGCAAUCCCUGAUGAUUCCAUUAAAGUAGAGGGGAAUAGAUUGUACUUCUUGAAACUUACACCUGACCUCAGUGGCCUUUAUAUCUGCAAUGCUUCAAAUGAGUAUGGUGCUGGAUUUGGCUCACUCUACUGGCACAUAGGAGAAAAUAUGGGAGACAACCAUUCUGAGAUUUGAGCACUUCAUCCUGGACAUUAUUCAACAACAUUUUUAAUUUAUUUGUUAACAUUUCUAAUAGUCAUGAGCGUGCAUGUAUAUCCGGGGGAUGGUCACCAGUUGAGACUGUUAUGCGCAAGGUUGAAGCGCAUCUUUUUUCUGUUCUGUGGGUUCAGGAUUUUAUGGUUACUUCAAUGUUGGAAAGUGGUCUUUAUAAUUUUGCCUUAUUUUUCUUUGCAUGUGAAUGUGUCACUUUAAUUUAGGUAACAUUUUUCUCUCCACAUGGAAUGUUAAUGGGCUGGGGCACCCUAUAAAAAGAAGGAAGGUUGUAUCUUUUCUUAAGCUUAAAAAAUAUGAUAUAGUGUGCCUUCAAGAAACACACCUUUCUUCACAGGAAGCUGAAAAACUUGGUAGGGCAUGGGAUUGGUAUGUGUUUUGCAGUGCUGGUUCGAAUAAGAGCUGGGGAGUCAUCACAUUGAUAAGUAAGCAUUUACAAUUUAAAUGUCUAAAACAGAUUAAAGAUAAUUUAGUCAUUAUUGUUUUGGCUGAAAUACAGGGGCAAAAUCUUAUAGUGGCUAAUAUUUAUGCAUCCAACGCUGAUGAUCAGAACCUUUUUAUUGAUCUUGAGGGAAAGUUACAAGCAGCUGGGAUCCUCCAUGACAUGGUUUUGGGUGGAGACUUCAAUCUGUUAAUGGAUUUGUCCCUUUAUCAUAGUAAUGCAAAAGUGUGUAGACCUUUUAGAGCACAGAUGACCAAACCAGGGCAACCAAAGUUGGCCCGUGAUGACCUUUGAUUUGUCCUGUCUUGCCAUAUAUGACAAGAACACAUUUGACAAAAAAAAAAAUGCUAUUGAAGCAGCUUUUCGUUGCAUUAAUUUAGCAGGUUGCAGAGUAAUGUUUUGUGUAUAAUUAAAUCAUAAAGAUGGGGAUCAGGGCAACUUUCAUAUUUUAAUAUAAUACAGUUAGCAGGGUCUGAAAUUCGGCACGGGACUGUGGGUUUUGCGCAUAGUUUUAGUAAUUCCUGCAAGUUCCACAUUCAUAAUGCGGAAAAUUCCUGCACACUUUUAUUCACUUUACAGUGCAGCUGCAAAUUAGUAAACCAAUAGAUACAGAAUCAAAAUCAAAUCAAUAAACUUGUUUUUGUAUCAAACUGUAAUUCCAGAAGAUGCGAGUAAAUCUAUCCCUCUCUCUUUUGCAACUGUCAGCAGUGCGUUUGAGCACCUAUUGAAUUUAGUGAGUGUGUGCAUUUUCGCAUAGUUACUGAACUUAUAAACCUUUCUAAACAUGUUAAUUCCAAAUGCAAAUGACAUUAUACUGUGUCUCCGUAAGCGAGCGAUGCAAUAAAACAAUAUUGUUCAUGUUCAUAACCAACAAAGCUGUUAACAUUGCAAGCUGAUGACGGCGAACGCCUUUCAUAUCUUGACGCUCCCUCAUUAGUCACAAUGCAGCACAUUUGCAAGAAAGGCAGCAAUAGCAAAAAUCCUUUAUGUAAUGUACCAGCUGCAUGGUGAAGAAAGACACUUAAACACCUGUUUUAUCUCUCAUUUCCAUAUCUAGUUCCUGCCAAGAUUAGAAAUUAACAGGUGCUCUGGGCAAAAAAACAAAAAACAAAAAAAUCCCCUGAAAUCUGAUAUAGUUCCAAAUAUAUCCAUCGCAAUCUUCAUUUGAAUUUUCACUGAACAUUAUUUGUUUCAUGCCAUCCCUUGUGCAGAUGUUGCCGAGUUAGUCGUGGAUGCUUGUGCCAUUAACGUGCACAGACGGGCACUCUGUCUGCUUCUCACGCUCCGCAUCAGUUCAGUUUCGUACUCCCGCUCUAAAAAUACCAAAUGCUACAAUGUUGUUAAUAAUAAUAUUUACCAAAAAAAUCUGGAUGUGUUAAAUUACCUUGAAGUUAAAAAGUUAUUAAUGAUACAAUAAUAAUUUUACAGAACAUUAACCACUUUUGGUGUAUGAAUCAUAUCUCUGAUGUUCAUUGUUAAAUGUUUAUUUUUGCAUUUUAUAUUUAAAUGGCAUGAAGGAGUUGCUAAGUUUUUUUUAUAAGCUCCUCAUUCCAAAUCUGGAGAAAUGCUGUCAUCUCCUGUGUCGGUGCAUUAGUUUUGUAGGCUAUGUUAAUUUAAUAGCCAAAAUAUUUGGAAAUAUGUGAAUGAGAUAACAAAAACAUUUUCAUUAACAAUGCACAUUAUGCAAUGUAAAGAUCAUGCAACUUUGUAAUUAUUGAAACAUACCAUUUUAAAAUUGAAUUAGUAGUUUAAAUUAAAGUAUUUGACAUAAAAGUUUGACAGAGUCAUAAGAUUAAAAGAAAAUGUCUGUUAUAAUGCAAUGUUUACCUUUGGCCCAUGGCCCUCAAUCAAGUUUGAUUUUUGGCCAUUCGCAGGAAAAAAAUUUGGGCACCUCUGCUUUAGAGCAAUGUUGACACUACAGAGGAUGUGUAAAAAUCUUGGUCUUACAGAUAUUUGGAGACUUCUGAAUCCAUAUGGGAGGGAUUAUACCAUUUAAUCAUCAGUUCAUCCGAUUUACUCUUGAAUAGUUAUGUAUGUGUGUGUAUAUAUAUAUAUAUAUAUAUAUAUAUAUAUAUAUAUAUAUAUAUAUAUAUAUAUAUAUAUAUAUAUAUAUAUA